AUGGCCUCUGCGGACGUUCUCAUCGUCGGCGGCGGCCUGGCCGGUCUUGUGGCGCUCAGGGCUUUGCAGGACGGACUCGGCGGUCGCAUUCUCACAAAGCGGGAGGGCGCUGGCCAUUUCGAUUUGGGCCCUGCGUGGUUUUGGCCUCCACACAGAGAAGUCUUCGAACUCGCGCGGGAGUUCGGGCUCAAGUACUUCGAACAAUUCGAGGACGGCAAAGCCGUCCUCGAGCGAUCUUCCCGUGUACACACGAUUCCGAACCCUCAGGAAGACAGCCAGAGCUUCCGGCUGGAGGGUGGCACAGGAGCCCUUAUCGAUGGGCUGCAGUCAAAAAUCGACAAGGCAAGGGUUCUGUUGGGUCGCAAAGUGACCUGCAUCACCGAGAAGGAGGACGCCUUGGAAGUCUUGGCGAGCACGGAGCGAGCGGAGGAGCGCUUCACCGCCCACCGUGUCAUCGUUGCCUUGCCGCCGCGGCUCGCCUUGCACGGUGUCAAGUUUUCGCCGAGCCUACCCGAGCCGAUGGUCAAGGCCAUCCAUCGCACGCCAACUUGGAUGGGCAGCGCCAUGAAGGUGACGGUUGGCUAUGCCAACGAUCCUUCGACAGCGCCUUUCUGGCGACAGAGGAAGCUGGCUGGCUAUGGGAUCAGUGACAAAGGCCCAUGCCAGCAAAUCCACGACCACUGCAGUGGCGAAGGCCCUAACAUGGGUUGCCACGCGCUUUUCGGCUGGGUCGACGAGGACCACCCGUGGAAGAAGCUGCCCGAGGCGAAGAGGAAAGAGCAAGUGUUGGAACAGCUCGUGCGCCUCUUUGGCAAGGCUCCCACGGUUGAGGAUGCUUGUCGUUGGUCAAACUAG